AACGAGCUUUAGAUGUGCUGGAAAGGAAAUGAGCACAUUUCUGAGUUGGAAGUUCAACUAAGCGUUUGGAGACAAUGGCAGACUAAGAGGCAUGUUGUUUCAGGUUUAGCAGCAUCUUCCAAUAGAAUCGACUUUGACGUUUCCCCCUGCUGAAACAUGGCGACAUCGUCGGUAACCGAUCUGAGGAUUGUGAUUCUUGGUAAAAACGAAGAUGAUAAAACAGCCCUCAGUAAUUUCUUGACAGACGGAACGCCUUAUUCUUCACAAAAAGAGAAGUCUUUUGACGUGUUGUAUGGAGAAUGGAGGAGAAAAACCUUCACCCUGAUUAAAACGGGAGAUAUCCUCGGUCUGCCUGUGGAAAGAGUCAGUCAUGACAUGAAGACGUGCGUGGCUCUCUGCCCACCAGGACCGAACGUCCUGCUGCUGCUCGCGAACCCGUCAGACUUCACCAAGUCGGACAGGCAAAAUCUAAAGUUUGUCCUGAGUUUUUUUGGGACAGAAGCUUUUAAUUGUGCGAUUGUCAUAACAUCCGAAGACGAUCAGGGAUCGAGUUUUACCAUAAACCAACUCGUCGCAGACUGUGGACAAAGGAUCCACAAAAUGAACUUCCACCAAAGACAGUACUCUGUUAAUGAACUACAAGGACUGAUGAAAAGGAUAGAAAAUAUCGUGAGAGAGAACAAGGGGCGAUAUUUAACAUUUCCAGAAGACAUGGAACUAAUAAGUGAGCCAAAAUCUGUGAAGCCCCAUCUGAACCUGGUCCUUUGUGGAAGACAUACAUCCCGGAAAGCUUCCGUAGCUCGUGCCAUCCUGAGGGACAGUUAUUGCGGUGCGUUUGGUGAUUCAGUGGAUGUUAGAAAUCAGGGCUCGGUCUUUGGGCGCCAGGUGUCCAUAGUGGAGCUACCAGCUCUGUAUAAAACACCAAUGGAAACAGCAAUGAAGGAAUCCUAUAGAAGUCUUUCCCUCUGUGAGCCAGAGGGUGUCCAUGCCUUCAUUCUGGUCCUACCAUUGGACUGCCCUGAUGAAGAAGAUAAAAAAGAGCUGGAAACCAUUGAGAAAAUCUUUGAUUCUAGAAUCACUGAAUUUACCAUGAUUCUUUUUGCUGUAGAGGCAAUUUUCAAUUCCUCUAAACUUCUGAAUUUUCUAAAGGAAAACAGAGAUAUUCAAGAAAUCUGUCAGAAAUGUAACAAACAGUUUAUGGUCUUCAACACCCAGGAAGAGCAGCAGAUCCAUGAGGUGUUGCAUUUUGUCCAAGUAAUGACAAAUGUAGGACAGAAAAGUUUUACCAAAAACAUGUUCCCCAAGCCGCAAAAGCUUAAAAAGAGUAACACGUUUAGUUGUCGCGACCGUCCAAUUGCGAAAUUGAGUCUACACAGGACAGGGAGUGCAAUGUUUAGGGAGAGUCCUCUGCAGGACUCUAGACCUCAGAUGAAGCAAAACCCAACUCCCCUGCCAAUGCCAGAGAGUGAAGAGCCCCUACGGCUACUGCUGAUCGGUAAGACGGGUUGUGGUAAAAGUGCAACUGGAAACACUAUCCUUGGCAGAGAAUGCUUCUCAUCAAAAGUCAGUCAAAGAUCGGUGACAAAGGUUUGCCAAAAAGAGAUGGGAGAGGCCGAAGGCCGUCUUGUAACCGUGGUGGACACGCCAGGGUUAUUUGACACCUGUCUCUCAAAUGACCAAGUUAAGCAAGAGCUAAUCAAAUGCAUCAGCAUGUUGGCACCCGGACCCCACGUCUUCCUGCUCGUCCUGCAGAUCGGACGCUUUACUCAAGAAGAAAAAGACACUGUGAAGCUGAUCGAGGAAUUCUUUGAGAAGUCCAAAGACUUCAUCAUUGUCGUGUUCACCAGAGGGGACGAUCUUAAAAAUCAAACAUUUGAUAGUUACCUAAACGAAAGCGAUGAAUAUGUCAAACAGCUGAUUAGGGAUUGUGGAGGGAGGUACCAAGUCUUUAACAACAAUGACCAAACCAAUCGAUCUCAGGUUCGAGAGCUCCUAGACAGAGUUGAGACGAUGAUACAGCAAAAUGGUGGCGAAUAUUACACGUCAGCCAUCUUUACAGAGGCAGAGGAAGCAAUACAGAGGGAAACAAACAAACUACUGAUAGAGAAGGACAAGGAACUGCAGAAAAAGAAGGAAGACUUUAAAAAAGAGCUUGAAUACAAAAUGCUAAAUAGGAGUGAAACAUUUAAAAAAAGGCAAGCCAGAUUUCAACAAGAAACCCAACAGAGCGCCCGGAGAGUCAAGGAGAAAGAGGAGAAAAUACUGAGGGAGGAAGAGAAGGUCAUGAUGGAAAGGAAACAAAGAAAAGAAGAGGAGAUGGAAAAGAAAAGGAAAGAUGAGAUGAAACAAUAUGAGUGGGAUCAAAAAGUUGAAUGUUUGCAGGUAAAUCAGGGACCAGUUGGAUCAACGUUACCAGAGAUAGCAUUAUUACGGCAAAGCAGAGAAGAAAUGAGAAAGGAAAGAGAAGCUUGGGAGAAGGAAAGGACAGAAUGGUGGGAGAAGAGAUAUCGAGACGAAAAGCAAAGGCAAGAAGGUGAGCAGCAACGCCUCCAAAAGCUCAGAGAAGAACAUGAAGAGGAAAAGCUCAGAUAUGAAUUAAAAAGGAGAGAGGAGGAACAACUUCGGAGGGAACAAGAGGAGAGAGACUGGAAGGAAGCCCAGGAAAUGUUCCGAAAGCAGGUAGAGGAGAUAGAGAGGAGAAAUUAUGAGGACGCCAGAAAACAAGCGGAACAAUGCAACGAUUUCAGGCACAAAUAUACCUCUGAUGUCUCGACUGAGCUGGAGAAAUACGGGAAAGAAUUAAUGGACCUGAAGCUGAAGCAUGAAAAACAAACUGAACUUUUGAUCAAGCAGCUGAAUACAAACAAAGUUCACCAGAAAAACUUUGAAAAGCUGCAGAAAAAGCAGGAGGAGGAAGUUAAGGCUCUGAGAUCAUCGCUUUGUUUCAACAGUGAGCUGCAGAUCAAAAACCGCAUGACUGAGCUGCAGAAAAGGCAUCAGGACGAAAUAAACGAGUGGAUACAGGAGCGGGUGAAGAAAGCCUCAGAGAGGCGAGCGUGCAGCAUUUCAUGAGACGUGAUGCAACCAUAAGACAAGGACAAUGCUGCUUGGCAACCAUUUAUGCAUAAACGCUUUUAUUCCACCUGACCUUCAAAAUGUAAGAGCUUUAAAUGCAGAAGAUUCUCUGGUUCUUUUAAUCUCAAUGUAGAAUGUAAUGGAGAUUAUAAAAGUUUGAAUUAUAUUUUAAUAUCAUGUUUAAUUAGUGAGAUGAGCUGCUGUAAAGUCAAAGCAAACUUUCAUUAGAACUAAAAAAGGAAAAGAUGUUUUCAAACCCUUUUAGAAAAUUCUUGUUGCUGGUCCGUUUAAACGACCAUGUUGACCUACAUAUCUGCCAUAUUUCUCAGAAAGGUUUAUGUUUGUGUUUGGCUGAAACGCUGAAUUUCUUGUUUGACUGGUUUCUCUACAGUUUCUGUAAUUGAGAUCAACGCUGCUGACUUCAAGACAAGUUUUUAUGUAAGGACCCUGUUACACCUUGACGAUUUAUCCACAUGUGAUCGAUGUCCCAGAAUCUCCUAAAACCCUGAUGUACGCUGGACUUUCUAUGUAUUUUUUAAAAUUCUGGUCGUAUACAUAGAGUAUUAAUAACGACUUUAGUACUUCUGUCCAACCACAGCCUAACGUAUGCAUAACGUACGGCAGCGUAAUGCCCAUGAAAUGAUGCAAAAGCCAGUGUCCUGAGGGGGGAAGCGAUGUGCCCGGAGGUUCCUGGUCUGCAUAAAAAGAUUUCUUUAAUCGCAGUAUUAACCUAGCCGCUGUUUACCACUCGCCAAAAGAAACAAGAGUAAAUAAAAAUAAAAAAGAAAGGGAGUUUGCAGGUGAAGCAGAUUCAGCAUCAUGUCUGCAAGGAAGUUUGUUGGUCAUUGUCGUAUUAGCUCUUGUGUUUGUAUUUUAUGUAUGUAUUACUAAUAUAUUGCAUUUGUUUUAGUCCUACUUCCCUUUUCCCAAGUAGUUACUGCACUUGUCAGGCCUCCACAGUAAGUAGGAACUUGUUCUUAAUGACUUGCCUGUAAAAAUAAAAGUAUAUAAAAAAAUCAAAACGCAUGAAGGAUCCGCGUUGGAGAGAAGUUCUUGAUAAGUUACCUAUAAGUUAUGCACACGUUACUAUUAAGCUAGACGCCAUGACUUAUUAGUAACUUACACUUAUGGGCGACGUAUGGCAUACGCUGGCAUACACACUAAAUUUCUCGAGGUACGUCGAUGUAUGUCGACGUGUGCCAGAGUGUGUCAGCGUGCUCAUAACUUAAACAAAAAGUACCCAUAAUGUAUCCAAGGUUAUGGCAAGGUUUUUUGCCAGAGUUUUCGUACGUCAGACAUGUGAUGGUCUAAAACGUCAAGGUGUGACAGGGGCUCUAGACUGUAUUUUGUAUAGUAGAGGUUAAUAAGGGUCUUUGUUACCAUCGCAUGUCAUUUUAGGGACGUUUACCAGACAAGGUUUUUUCAACUCAUCUACAAAAAAAUGCAAAAUCGUUGUUUCCUGAAGGAAUUGUGAGUUUUCUUGGUGUCCUGAUGUAUGAAUAAAGAGAAAAUAUUAAAGCGGCAUCAGUGAUUCUCCUUCACAAGCACCAACAUCAAAUUAAAUUCAUCCUACAUAUCGUUUACAGCCAAAGUCCAUGUAUUAACAGUUAUAUUUCUAAAAUUAUUUAUACUGAUUUUUACUCUAUUAUUUUUUGUUUUAAUUCUUGUAGGUUUCUUAUAUUUUAAUUUUCACUGGGUGUCCUGUGACUCUGGCUCUCUAUUGGUUGGCUGGCACAGCUAUUUAUGAGUCUCACUGAAGUACAAAUGACA